CAUAAGACAAGAUGUCUCAAGAGAAUUACAAAAAAUUGGCAACCAAAUCACCUAUGUAGAAGAAAAUGAAGGCCUAUCAGACGACAUCGUCAAGAAAGUCAUGAUGUUGGCUAUUCUAUCCCCUCAUGAAACAAUGAACAAGUUGAUAGAAUUAUGUCUGAAGAACAAACACCAAUACAAAGCUAUUCUUCCUAUGCUUAAACAACUGCAACUUCCUUUCAAAUCCAUCAUAUGGGAAACAUGCUAUGCCAUGUUUAGAGCAGGAGAGAAUCCAUUGAACGAAAACACAUUUCAGUUUAUAAAAGCAUGCUGUGAGCCAUCAGAUCAACAUCUUCCAGCUGUGUUAACGAGUGAUGAGACUACUUGGUCAUUGAUAGAUAUCAAGGAACUCUUGACGGAAAUAUGCCUUGGUAUUGAAUCCCAUCUUUAUUCUGGUGUAGAGAAAGAGAGUCAUAUCGAACACAAUGUCUUUAUGACUCGAUUGUACCUCACUUUAUUUGAUGCAUGCUGUCAAUCCUUUGAAGCCAAACCGAUGGUAUGGACAGAACAAGCAUUAGAGACAGUAUUAAAAGACAUACCUGUCGUUCUCCAUUGUCCCUUACACACAUUUGCUUUGGGGCUUGUUCGAUUCUUGAAUGAGCGUCAUGAAAGCAAAGACAACAACAUACAACAAUUCAAGCAACAGCUUGUAUUGCAAGAUUGGGAACUCGCACUCAGUUGCUUUGAGAAAGUAUUGGUCUUGAUACGCUAUGGUAUUCAAAAAAAUAUAUAUACAAACAAUAGCUUGGACGAACCAAAAGGUACGGUCUAUUUCAUCAACAUCAUAGAGACUGAAUCAUGAAUAGACUGGCAAUCACGUAUGCUCUUGUUUCCCUUGAUAAAAAAGCCAUUCAAAGUACCUUCUAGCCUUAUCCACCUCACGGGUGAAUUACAUGGUACAUUUGAAAAACAAGACGACUAUGGCCAUACCAACGGAUUAUAUUCUUUGUUCCUUGCAUGUAAACUAUCACCUAGAAUGACAGACAGACUAUUCCAGGUAAGCAAAUUGAGCCAUGGCCUUGAUUUGAAUAAUAAUAAAAAAAACUAGUAUGCUUCUGAAUGGACACAC